UGAAAUCUGUAGGAUGCGAGUUGCGCUCAAGGGCUCCCGCGCCCUAUCGCCAUGUCGCAAGGCCCCGCGGCGGAGCUGCUGCGCGCCUGCGCCAAGGCGCCGCAGCGCCGGGAGCUCUGGCGCCGCCAGCUGGCGGCGCUGCCGCCGCCGGCACCAGAUGCGUCCGUGCAAGAGCUCGCAGCGGCAGAUGCGCUGAGGCGAUAUCUGCACCGCGAGUCGCGAACUGCGGUGCCGGCGCCGCUGCUGGCGGAGCUGGAGAGAGGCGGCGCGGUGCGCCUGGCGCACUUUGCCAAGGCCUACGCCGCGCUCCGUGUGCGCGACCCCCCGGUGCUGCAGGCGCUGCAGCGCCGGAGCGCGGAGCUGCAGUUGUCGUGGAACAUCCAGGGCCGAUCCCUCGCUGAGCUGCUGGACUCCCUCGGGAAGCUGGCGGGCCACGGGGAGGCCGGCGGCUCCCGGCGCGAGCCGCAAGGCCGCGAGGAGCGAGAAGCCUGGAUCGACCUGGGCUGGCGAGGCCUUUCCCAGCAUGUGAGGACGCAUUUUCUGCAGUCUGCCAGCCAGAUGCGCCUUAUCGACUUGGCGGUCGGGUUGGGCGGGCUUGCGCGCCUGGAAGCUUCACCAGAGGUGCUGACGGGCGUGCAGCACGUCGUGAUUACUGCCCUAGGCCAGGAUGAGCCGCUGGACCCCCGGCACGUGGCCACGUUGGUGGCCAGCUACUCCGCCUUCGCGCGCCUGGGCUUCCGGGACGACGCCGUGCUGGAUGCUGCCGGAGCGGCGCUGGAGCGCUGCUGCCGAGAGGGGCGCGACCUUCCAGUGGGCUACCUGCUACCCUUCAUCAAGUCGCUCGCCACACAUCUUCGACCUGCUCCCAAGAAACUCGCGCAGGUGCUGGAGGUUGCUAUCCCCCGCGUGUCGGAGCAGCUCACCUUGCAGCAGCUGGAGGGCAUCGUGGAGUGUUUGGCUUUCGUCCCGCACCUGCGAGGCAGCCGCAACAGCCUGGGGCAGCGUCUCUUUGAUGCCUGCCUUGCCGCGCCGCUCUCGGCGAUCAAGACCCCGGCUUUGAUUGGCGCCAUGCGAUCGGCUUGGUCGCUAGGCUACCGGGAGCCUGGCUUUUGGGCACCGGCUUUGGAGGACGCCCGGCGCCGCGCGGACGCCGAGCUCGCCGCGCUCGCCGCGGGCUCGGGCUGGGCGGUGGGGGACGUGGCCUACGCGGCGCUGCUGGCGGCGCGGGUCAUGCGCAAGCCGAAGGAGAAGGAGCCGAAGCCCGCCCACCUGGACACGAGCCCGGACGCCGCGGCCGCGCCUGCGCGGGGCCUGCUGGGAGUCAUUUGCCAACUGGCGCUGCGACGGAUGCCCGGCUUUCAGCCCCGGGAGAUGGGGAUUUUGGCCACCGCUUUAGUCAGCAGUGACCAAGAGGACGGGCACUUGUUCGCGGCGCUGUCCUUUCGGGCCCUUGACCUUUUGCACCGCAAAGAAGCCUUCAACAGCCUCGAUCUUUGCCAGCUCUUGCUGGCCUUGGCCCACUUUGGCUACAGAGACGAGCUGCUGCUGAAGGCUUUGGCUGGAAGACUGGAAGGCUCCUGGGAUCACUGCGAUGAAAAAGCGCGAGACAUUGCCAUGUGGUCAUUCUCACAGCUUGGAGGCGUCCCCGGCAAAGAUGCCCAUCCUCGCUUGGCUGAAGCGCUUGUAGAGUACGAACUCUCGCAGGGCAAGGCCACAGAUCGCACAGAGGAGCACAUGACCGCGGCAGAGAUCGCCCCGUUGGAGGACCCUCCGCCGACUUGAG